AUGCCUGGUGGCUUAGAAAGUCAAUACAUCAGACUUGAAGUCAUCAGCGGAAGAAAUAUUCAAGUUCCCUCCCGGCGCAUUCCCGCAGGGAUCCACAUAUCCAUUAAUGUCGACACCCAGAGACGCUGGAAAUCGGCCAUCAGUGUCUUAUCAUCCGACAGAUCUGUAGUGUGGGGCGACACUGUGACUUUAUCAUCACAUAUGACACCUACAUUAUCAGUGGAGAUCUGGGCGUCUUAUGAGGUUGGCCGAAUGCUAGGCAGUGGAGAGGUCAUUUGGAAACUUCAGAUGUCAUGGGAUGAGCUACUCGAUCAUGGAGAUGAACCUUUCAUUUUGUCCUUCCCACCCGUCCGUGGUGUCUACCCUUUCCUCACGCUGAAGUCCGCCGUUGUACAUACUUGCGACGAUCAGGAUGGCACACUGUCUGAUUUCCUUGUAGACUGCGAGAUCGCUCGAGACACAGAUGCGGGCCACGCACAAUUUGCCGCAUACAUGACGAGCAAGACGGUUUCUCACCUGAGCGAUGCAGUGCAGCAUUUUCAGUUGGUUCUAGACCAGUGUCCGGUCAGCCAUCCUGACCACGCAACAGCCCUCACCAACCUUGCGUAUGCGCGCCUUCAGGGGUAUAUUCGCAAGGAUCUUCAAGACAUUGAUACCACUGCUUCCUUCUUCCGCGAAGCCCUUGCAUUGCAUGGCACCUACCUUCGAAGCGUCGCGACAGGGACACAUGGUGUCGAUUAUGUGAUCGGCGGAUGCAACGAUCUUCCGAUAGACACAUCUGAUGAAGGCAUCCACCUUCGACGUGUCAUCCUCGAGCUCUGUCCUCUGGGCCAUUAUUGCCGUCCAAUAGCACUCCACACGCUGUUGCAAUCACUCUUCACGCGCUUUACACAAUGCGGCAGCAUCGAUGAUCUAGAUGAGGGCAUAAGACUCGGUCGUGAAGCCAUUUCUCUACUUUCCAGGGGACAUCCUGACCGUGGUAGCUACUUGAAUGACUUGGCCGUCUCACUCAGAUAUCGCUUCGAUCACCAAGGCAAAUCUAAAGACCUCAAUGAGGCCAUCUCUUUGUAUGAAGAAGUGCUGCGCUUAUACCCUGUUGGGCACGAAUCUCGUGAUACCUCAUUGGACAACCUAGGGGGUGCCCUCGUUACCCGCUUCCACAAACGUGGUGACAUUAAUGAUAUAACCAGAGCUAUCAGCCUCCGUCGCGAGGCACUGAUAUUGCGCUCACCUGGGCAUCCACAUCGUGAUACCACGCUUAGCAAUCUUGCCCUCGCGCUCAAAACCAGAUAUAAUAAAUUGCAUGUCAGCGAGGAUAUUAACGAGGCCAUUGAUCUGUAUCGCGAUUCCCUUCGGUUAAAGCGGCAUUCCGAGCGCCAUAAAACUCUUUACGGUUUGAGCUCAGCGCUCUGCUCUCGGUUCACACAAACUCAGAAGAAUGAAGAUAUCGAAGAAGCCAUUACUCUUUGCCAAGAAUCGUUGGCGGCUCUGUCUUCACUGCACCCGAGCAGGUAUUUCAGCUACAUGUGGCUGCAGGAGGCCUAUUUAUCUCGUUACCGCAUUCUACACAAUCCCGCUGAUUUGUCGCUCGCUAUGGAGAACUUCAGACUCACAUCGAGACAUCCUACUCAAGGAUUUCCGGAACGCAUCAAGGAGGCUAUUAAUUGGGCUCGCCAAGCAGAAGUCUAUCAACAUGAAUCUGAUCUUGAAGCAUACCAAAUGUGCUUUGAGCUUUUUGACAGCCAUGUGAUGACACGAUCGUCGAUCAUCUCACGCCGGAAGGCUGCAACUGCUUUUCGUGGUGCACAAUCACUUCCUGUAGAUGCAGCCUCAUGUGCCAUACGUCGUCACAAUCUACGACAAGCGGUUGAACUUGUGGAGCAGGCCCGUGGCCAGCAGUGGUCGUUGGCCUCCCGACUCAGGACUCCGCUGGAAGACCUGAAGUCUGCGAGUCCGCAGCUAGCUCAAAAGCUCUUGGUGCUCAACAAGCGCCUAUCUGAUGCUCAGGGUUCUACAGGCAUUGCUGACCCAGCUGGAGCUGAUUGGGCAGCAACCGAGUACAGGAAACUUACAAGGCAAUGGGAAGCUGCAGUGGCUGAAAUCCGUAAUCUUCAAGCGUUCUCGCGGUUUAUGCUCCCGCCUUCGUACGAAGACUUGCAAGCGGCAGCACGCCAGGGUCCCGUUAUCAUCCUGAUUGCCAGCCAAUACUCGUGCAGCGCCAUCAUUAUACCAACGUCAGGAGAGCCUCAUCAUGUUCCAUUGCCGUCUGUCACUCUCGUAGAUCUGAAUAAUCUCAAGGAUCGCUUCGCCAGGGCGAUACGACAUGCAUCUGUCAUGGGACCAAAGGUGCCGCGGAACGAUCUAAUAGUCCUCUUGCGGGCAGUAUGGGACGAGAUCAUGCUACCCGUCGUCAAUGUCCUCCAGCAUGAUCUGAAAUUAAAAUUCCACUCUCGCAUCUGGCUGUGUCCAACUGCAGCUUUCACGUCCAUUCCUCUCCAUGCUGCUCACCCCUUUCAAACACAGGCAGAUCGCUCUAAAGAGCCAUGCCUGGAGGAUCUCUACAUUUGCUCUUACACCCCGACACUUUCGGCUCUGGUCAGAUCCAGACAGAUGAUGAAGAAGCGUGUUGCUCCAUCCUUUGUGACAAUCGGACAGGGCCAACCGGGUGCAGGGAAAGGCAAGGCGCUCUUGGCUGUCGACAGCGAGCUUGAGCUUGUCCGUAAGCUCGUCCCCGCGACCGCGAACCGUACCACUGUUUCUGGCGGCGCAGCCACACGAGCAGGUGCACUCGAAGCUUUGGAACAGAACAGCUGGGUGCAUUUGGCUUGUCAUGGUAAGCAGGACCCUAAACAGCCUUACAAUUCGCAUUUUGUCAUGAGAGAUCAACCUCUGACGCUGCUCGAUAUCAUGGAAAAACAUAUUCCGCACGCUGAGUUCGCGUUCUUGUCGGCAUGCCAUACCGCCGUUGGCGAUAAGAAGACGCCCGACGAAGUGAUUCACCUCGCAGCUGGUCUCCAGUUUUCGGGAUUCAAGAGCGUCAUUGGCACACUGUGGGAGGUCGACGAUGCUGUCGCAAAACACGUUGUCGAAGCGUUCUACGAGAAUUUGUUCGCUGAUUUGGAGGAUGGUGAGGUCAUGGACUGUACGAAGGCGGCCUGGGCACUCAACCGUGCUACGCACUCCGUGAAGACGAAAGUGCCGCUUGAGCAGAGGAUGGUUUUCAUUCAUAUCGGUGUGUAGU